AUGGGUGGAAACACAGUCUCAGUGUGCAACAGACCAUGGAUGGUGCAUUUAGUAGUUCAUAUUGACCCUGACCUUGACCUGCCAGCAUGCGCAGGCGUUCUCAUCAGUGACACCCAGAUUUUGACUUCAAAAAUCUGCGCCGAAGAUUUCAUAAAUAAUCCACCACCUGGGUCUACCAUACUCGCAAAGUUCGCCGAUUCCGAGAAAUACCUGGAAACAAUAAGGGAAAUAACUUCUGACAAAGUGACGGUGAAUGGUGACAUCGCUAUGGUGACUUUCAGUCCCAAAGUUCCAACUGCUAAAGACUUUUGUAUACUUCCGGUGUGUCUGCCCGACCAAACGACUGUCUUCACGGAAGAUUCAAACCAGAAAUGCAAAAUAGCGUCCUGGGGAUUUCCUGUAACCGACACCCUGCAAGAAGCUGACGUGGCCCUCAUGCCUUCCUACGCGUGCAAGUUGGUUCUGUCUGCACUGGCAAGCGUUAACAUCAACAUUAAGACACCGAGCGCUGGCAUAUGCACUGAUCCGACGGGAGCGACUAGUUCAGCUUGCAAGCUGGACGAAGGGGGCAUGCUACUCUGCCAGGACCAAGGGGACGCAACUGGAAACAACUGGAUUCUAGCUGGCGUUACCUACGGAGCGCCUUGUAAUGCUUCGCUGCCUAACACAUUCGUCAACGUCACGAGUAACCUAGACUUCAUCAUGUCUAAUUUAGUAUGAAUAAACAAGGCGAUACGUGAA